GAUUGGUUGGUUGAUCGAUUGGUCGACUGAUUAGUCGAUCAAUUGGUCGCUUAAUUGAUUUGUGAUUGUUUGUUCAGAUCGAAAAUGCAACUGACUUGGAAAAUAUCAAACCAAUUAGCAAGGAAGCGAAAGCUCGAGGAAUUGCAGAAGAAGAAGAAGAAGAAAAAUGGUCCUGCAUUUUCUCUAGGUGCUGUGGCCCCAUUUUUCGCUAACGAGGACGAAGGUGAUGACGAUGGAAAAGGGGUGGAGACAAGUGGGGUAGGUGUCGCCCCUGCCUCCGCUUCCGGAGUUCCCUUGUCAAGAUCUUACCUCUCUCCUGCUCACCAUGCGCGUGGGGGGGAUGCAUCUGCCGUCGCUUCACAAGAGAGCAACGAGGGCCCCUCUGCAUCAACGGCAACGCCAUCGCCAUCGCCAUCGCCAUCGCCAAGCUCAAGGCAUCCUCCAAUCACAGAUGAUGAUAAGGAUAAGGAUUGCGAUCGCGAUCGCGAUCGCGAUUGGGAUAAACGUAGUAGUAGUGAUCCCCACUUGUCGGCAAGUCGGGAUGGGGCUGUCACGGUUUUUUUUACUGCAGAAGAGGAGAGUGGACGUUCCAAGCCUGAGCUCGAUCGUGUCGAUGAAGGAGAGCAAUUGUUUUUGCGGAAAAAAGAAGUCGAAAAAAGAGAGGACGUAUUCAAAACUACGGUGGUGGAUGGGAAUUAUUCGCCGCUGGCGCCGCGGUCGCUUUCAUCAUCCCCUGAUGAUCUCUCGAGGCUUCUGCAACGACAAGGCUGUGCAACGGAGCUUCAGCCAGACUGGGCUGAGGCACAUCUGACACUCGCACGUGCGCAGCGUAACUAUGGCGAGCCAGAGUUAGCUCUUGCCAGCUUUGUCCGCGCCACCAAACUUGGGGUGCAAGAUGUUGGAGCCCGUACAGAGCUCGAGGAGACUCGCAAACUUGUAGUGCGGCGCCGGCAGCUAGCGAGAGAAAAUGGCGGCUCUGAAAGAAUGUGCCUCGAAGCCGCAGGAAUACGCCCUCGGGGUACACCAACGCCUGUUUUGCUGAAUAGAGCGACCGUGUGUGCACCUGGUGAGGGACUGAACGGACGACAGAAUGUGAAGAGCGGAGGAGCAGUAGUGCAGGAUGCAUUGGAAAGGAGAACGCCGUCGAGAACGGUUCCCGCAGUCGGCAGCCCGUCGAUCGCUGCCGAAGAAAGUGUGGGUUUGUGUCAACGGAUGGCAAGUAGCGAAAGAGGAGUUGCUGCCAUCGCAUGCUUGAGUCGGCUGUGCGGAGCGCGCAGUGAUUCGAUGGAAGCUCCUCGCGGAAAUCACCAAUGUGCGGAGAGCGCUUGUGAGAAGGUAGCGUCUGGGGGAGAGGUCGCGGGUCGAGCAGAUUCAAAAGGCCAGACGCUUCAGAGGCUUGAAAGGUCCGAACCGCGAACAGCGACGCCAGCACUAGAUAGCACGAAUGCAGACAACGCGGUGACUCGUGGUGGGCACGACAAGCAACAACGACGAGAAGAGGAGGGCUAUUCGAAAGAACUGAAAGACUUUGAAAUGCCAGCUGUCGCAAUUCAGCGGAGUGUUGAGAGGACGGAUGAUGCGGAAGCAGGGGAAGUGUUGGAAGCGCAAGACGCUUCUGAGAUUCGGAGGUAUGAAAGCCGUGACCCUCGUCGACCCGUUGAGCUGCAAGGCAUGGAUAUAAACAGCGCCGGCUGCGGGAACGAUAGACAGCAACAAACUGAGAACGUUUAAGAAAAAGGUUGAGCAGAAUCUCGCGCACGAAUAAUCCCAAAAAAUGUGCCAUGGCGACGAGCCUCUUUGCAAUCCAGUCUGUAAGAGGUUGUUUAGAGUAGUAUUCGGCGAAGAAAAAAAAACUUUUAACAGUUCUUUGAUGUGGCAGCAGCCAGCUAUUGUAGUCAAGUUUGGAAUGAAAGGCAGGUAUGUCG